AUGUCCCUAAAUCGCAUCUCCUUCCUUGAAGGAUGGGAGCGUAACCCCGCAGCACUUCUCAAUCACCCAGAAUCAGAUUCGGAUCCGGACUCCUACCAAGAUUUACCCGAGGGAUCCGUGUCAUCCUCAUUUCCCUCCACAUACAGCAGGCUGAAUUUUAACCCAUAUGCGGGGCCAGGCUGGAAUGAGAACCCAGAGGAUCCACAUGACGAUCGAUCCUCGUUUUUUGGUCCCUCAUUUCUCGGCCUAUCUCCGACGACUACUCGUGAACGUUCGGGUUCGAUUUCAGCCCAAGGGGGAUCCGAGGGGACUGUGCAGGAUUCAGGGACAGCCGUUGCUCGGACACCUUGGGCCGAUACUACUGGUGCCUAUGAAGUUAGCGCUGCUAGGAGGAUUGCCCAGGUUUGCACGGCAGUUGUAUACUGCUUUCUAGCCGCUGGUGUUGUUUUCGGCUUUGCAGCUCUCAAGCCUGUCCUUGUUCGAGAGAAAGUAUAUCGCAACCUCUGCUCCCAGGCGGAGCUUGAAGAGGAUGUUGAUGUCUGCUAUGGGCAGGAGAUUCGGCUAAACCUGAUGUUCACCAUCGCCGCUGUAGUAACCAAUGUGUCAGCCCUACCUGUAGGAACAAUCCUAGACGCGUAUGGACCACGAGUUAGUGGAAUCAUCGGCAGUAUCUGUCUCGCAAUUGGAGCAGUACUCUUCGGGACAGCCAACAAGCUACCAUUCGAUGGAUACAUCCCAGGCUACUUAUUCCUAGCACUGGGAGGACCAUUUGUAUUCAUACCGUCCUUCCAUCUAUCAAACACCUUCCCUACACGAUCAGGUCUGAUCUUAUCAAUGCUGACAGGCGCCUUCGAUGCCUCGAGUGCCCUAUUCCUGCUUUUCAGGCUGUUAAGCGAACAUACGGAGGGCCUCGUAUCAAUCAGCAAUUUCUUCGCAGCGUACCUCAUCGUACCGGUCUUCAUCAUCGCAGCACAGAUAUUCGUAAUGCCCCCAACAUCCUACAAAACUGCCGGCGAGCUCGUGCAACAAGCCGAAGCGCAGGUUGAAGAUGAGAUGCACGAUCGCAUAGACGACGCUGUCACUGACCGCAGCGAAGGCGAGCGUCAGCGUAUGCACAGAAAACUCCGUCGCCAAAGCAUCGUCAACCACAUCCAAGAUCUCCUAGAUGACGGCACAGCAUCGGUGAUAUCCGGCAACACUAUCAAUGACUCCGUCUUCCACGCCAAUAUCGACACUGAGCCCAACAUAAACACCCCCACCAGAGGAACCCACGACACUACAACACCGCACUCCCACACGCAACAACCAAACCCCAUCCCCGCACGAGGCGGCAUCUGGGGCGUUCUCCACGGCCACAGCGCACUGUAUCAACUACGCACACCAUGGUUCGGCCUAAUAACAGCCUUCACCGUUCUAAUGAUGUUACGAAUAAAUUAUUUUGUAGCCACACUGCGCUCACAAUACACCUACCUCUUAUCUGCAAAGACAGCCGCCCAAAUAAACACAACAUUCGACAUCCUCCUCCCGGUCGGCGGACUUAUUUCCGUCCCGUUUAUCGGUACAUUCCUAGACAUAUUCCAAACGCGCACUGUAUUAUUCAUCCUCGUCAUGUCGGCAACUGUCAUCGGCGUGUUGGGGUGUAUACCACAUCCAACAGCCGCGUAUGGGAAUAUCAUUCUCUUCGUGCUGUACCGACCGUUCUAUUACACCGCUGUAUCAGACUACGCGGCUAAGGUGUUUGGAUUUGCGACGUUUGGGAAGGUGUAUGGGCUUAUUAUUUGUGUUGCUGGUGUUGGAAAUUUCGCGCAGGCGGGGCUUGAUGCGCUUACCUUGAAGGUUUGGAGGGGGGAUCCUGUGCCUGUUAACGUUGGGCUUACGGUGUUGGUUGCUGGGGUUGGAAGUGGACUUGUUGGGUUUGUCGCGUAUCAGACGGGUCUUUUGGAGGGGAGGAGGGGGUUAAUAGGUGAUCAGUGUCAGGAUAUUAGGGAGAGAGAGCCAUUGUUGAGGAAUGAAGUACCUGGGAGAGGGUAUGGGGCUUGA